AUGGGCUCCUCCUCUUCCGGAAGCGGAAAGGCGCCUCAGAGUACGCGAGGGCGGGGCUUGAGGCCUAGUCGCGGCGUCGUCAGCGGCAGCGCGGGAAUUUCGAAGGGCGGGCCCGGAAAAGCAGGAUUCGCCGCCUCGCUGUGCGCCAUGGACCGGUACCUUCUCCUCCUGAGCUGGGCGGGAAGGAGGGGCCUAGAAGGGAACCAAGGAGGAAGAGAAGGCGCCUCAGGCUUAACAGCAGAAAACAUUUAUAACUUGCUGGAGAGAAAUUGUACUCCCUCUGUGAAUGCAAAACUUGAAGAUUUCCCAGCCUGUUCACUUGUUGGGAUCCCAGGGGUGAAGGAAUGGUAUUUUGCAAUUCAGUCAAUAUGUGGAUUUUCUCAGUUUUGUAGUUCUGACUGGGAGAACAUUGAUUUUGAGGCUGAUCAAGACAAAAGCUCUAUUCAAAGAAAUAUCGAAGAAUGCCUUGGUGAUGCCCAGUGUAUGCAGGAAGAAGACAGCAAUAGUCAAGAAUCCUUAUCUUUCACUGAUCUUUAUGAAGAAUCUGCAGAGAGUAUACAUCUGUUGGCAGAUAAGCUUCCUGCUCCUGGAAAAGCCAUGGUUGAUGUCAUAUGGCAAACUUCAGAAAUAGAGGUCCCUAGCUUGAAAGACUGUUUGCCAGUCAUUGGUGCUUUAAAACACCUGAGAGAAUGGCAUGCAGCAAAAAUCACUAUUGUAACAAAUGAAAACCAAAGUAGUUGGCAAAAAGUUGCAGACUAUCUUUCAGCUGAUAUUGUGGCUCCCGAAAACCUACAAAGUAGCAUUGAUCCAAGAGAACUGUGGAGAGGAAAGAUUCAGAUAUGGGAGAGAAAGUUUGCAUCUGAAAUUACUUUUCCAGACUUCUGCAUAAAAAGCAUUGAAUCAAAAAAGCCACUCAGCACUUUGUGCUUUAAUAGUUCCUUCUCUGCCACUGAAACUGAACAGACUAAGAAUACUACCAGUCAUUUGCCAGAGGUUUUCCAUUACUAUAGUCCUGUAUUAAAAUUUGUUCAAAUGGUGCUGCUGUCCCAUCUGCCCUCUUCUUUCGUGUCAAAGAGUCACUUUGAGCUGAGCUUGGCAAGAACUAAUGUUGAGGAAAAAUCUAGAUUAUUUUGGAAUCAGAUGUCAUCUUUGCCUGGAAAGGUGGGAGCUCUAUUUAUAUUGCCUUGCAAUGUCAGUGGGAUGUUUAUUCCUAUGCCAAGUCAGUUAAGUACCAAGAAAUGGAAAGAAUAUAUAGCUCGAAAACCAAAAGUCAUGAAUGUUCCCAAUAUAGAACUGAAAGGAGAGAUGUGCAACUAUUAUUUCUUGGUACAAGGCAAUGGCUGUGGUGGAUGCAAAGCAACACUGAUCUAUUCAGCCAGUCAGAUCAAUGGCUCAGUCAAUCUUUCCGAAUCAAUUGGGAAAUUUACUACAAAGACAGAAGAAACAGAAGUAGGUUUAUUUGAAGAAUUUGUCAGAUCUCUCCCACAUUUCUCUGCAGAACAGAUUUUACAAAGAGAGAAAAAACUGGCUUGUGUCCAAGCAUUUGCUUUGAACCACUGCCUGAAAAAACAGGAAUCUGUGGCUUCAGCUAAUGAACUGAAAACCCUGAUGAUGCGUACGAGAGAACAUUUCUUGGAAUUGUGGAAUAGUAGCCAUUCAAAUAGCAGUUGUCCUGUAGCAGUUGUCAAAACUGAAGGCCAGGGGACUGUUUGUGACUUAGAGCCAAAAGGCUGGAAUUCUAUGCAGUGGCCAGAAAGAAGUGUUCUUCAGAACUUAGAAAAUUUGGAAAAAAUUAAACAAAAAACAAGAGUUUCUGAACAGCUGCUUGGUCAUAAGGAUGGUCAAAGGGGAUCGGUGACAUUGCUUGAUGCUAAGGAGCUCUUGAAGCAUUUCACCCCAGAAGGGCUUCCUGUUAGUGAUCUGCAACCAUUGCACAUUCAGAAGAGUGAAAGCCCUUUUCUUCUGACGCCAGAGCUGUCACCUCGCACAUUGAGAAGUUUGCCUUUUGAAAAAGCAGCUGAUUGCCGUUAUCAUGGUCUCGAAUACUGUCUGGACAAUAGAAGAGCUUUGGAAAGAGAUGUGGGAUUUGCUGAACUUCAGACUCGUCUUAUCCGAUACGAAACCCAGACAACCUGCACAAAGGAGUGCUGCCCUGUUCCAUGUAUCCUGAGCCCUCUCCCAUCCCCUGCAGUUUUGUCGGAGCCUGGAAGCAUCCCUGAUGGGGAGUCUUUACAAAGAGAGCCCCAAACAGAGGCUUCUAGGCUAAAGCGCAGAUCAAAAGACCUGGAUGGCCUUUAUCCCAACAAGAGGUUAGUCAAAUCAGAAAGCACGGAUUCUCUCAUGUCUCAGGCGAGCAUAAGCAGUAGGAGUUGCCCUUCCAGAGUUGUCACAAAGCAGUGCCUGGAGACAUCCGUCUCUCUGCCAUCUCUAGCUGCCAAACAGCCUCACCAUCAAGCAAUCCCCAAGAGCAGGGCAGCAAGCCAGAGGUGUGGCACAGAGCCAGGGAUAUCAAGGCCCACGAAGGAAUCAAGAUCUCAGAAGCAUACACGGAUGCUGAAGGAGGUAGUGGCAAAAACCCUCGGAAAUCAUGGCAUUACUGAAGAUCACAAGUGCUUUGAAACCUGCAGUCACCGUCUAUUUGAGAUAUCCAAGUUUUAUUUAAAGGAUCUAAAAACAUCUAGAGGUCUGUUUGAUGAAAUGAAGAAAGCCGCAAACAGCAAUGUUAAACAGGUGAUCUUGUGUUUGUUUACGUGUGCGUGUCUGUGUGCAAAUAAAUUCUGCUUCCUACACAAAGCAGUAUUAACAAUUUUUACGAUAAAUUCCUGGCUCCUCUUAUUAUAGUAACAUUGGGUUCAUUAUUCUUUAUCUGAAUUAGCGGACCAUUAGUUAUUUGCACUGGACUGAUGAAUGGAUCUGAAAAACAAUUUAUCCCCUUGGAAUUGAUUUUUGACUUCAUUAUUGGUUUGAUGAGAGUCGGUGUGGUGUAGUCAUCUGAUUGUUGGACUAAGACACUGGUACUGGAAGCCCAGAGUCCAAAUCCCUGCUUAGGCAUGGAAACCUAUGAGAUGCCCUUGGGCAAGUUGCAUGUUCCCAGCCUCAGAAAAAGUCAAGGCAAAAUUCAGUCUAAACAAGUUUUGCCAAUAAAAUCCUGUGAUACGUAUGUUCACCUCAGGGUUGCCAUGAAACAGAAAUGAUUCAAGACAUGCAAUAACAGCAGUCGAUCUUGCAGAUUGGUAAUAAUUUCAUUUUAAGUUCUUAACAGAAUUUAGUAUAUUAGUACGAAAGUGCAGCUGACUGAUUUGCCCAUCCCUAUUUGUAAUGAGGUUUUUAAAAAUUAAUUUCCCCAGCAUUAAAACUGCCCUGCUUUUCUUUGUCAAAGUAGUUCAGGAAUUAUCCUCUGAAGAUUCCUAAUAAUUUCAACAUUUGUUAGUUUCUGUUUUCUGCACUGCAUCGUGCCAUAGCUUAGUACAUAAGGAAAAGUGCACUGAAUCAGACCAAGGCAAGAUUGAUAUAUAUAGAUUGUAUCUGAUGAAUCUGGCUGCAUUCAGUGAGAGAAUAUGCCAAGUAAAACUUUCGUUAGUUUUUAAACGUUGUUGGUUGCUUUUCCUGUGACCGACUAACAUAGCUACCAUGCUGAACAUGUUAUGCAUCUUUUUAUCUGGAUUUUAUUUCUUAGAUAAAAUCCCCCAAAGUAGGAUUUUGUUCAGGCUGCCUAUUUUAUUUGUAUGUCUAUUUCUGGCAUGUAUUCACAGGUGAUUGAAUGGGUUUUAGAGAAGACCAAGGAGAAAUGACAUGUGCCUGAGCCCUUGAAGACCCUUAUGAGUGAGUGCAGCACAUUAAGUGGACAGCCUGGAGCCUUUUAAAUAUUAUUUGGGUGGCUGAAACCAGCAGUAUAUCUAACGUAUUUGUGAUAUUAAAAGUUACCUUGAUGUGAGCUACUCUCUGUAAAUACUAAGUAUUUAUUAUAACAAUUUAUAAAAAAAAGAUGCAGUGAGACCUC